AUGGACCAAGAGCAGGACAUUUGCUGGAUCUGCCUCGGCGGGCCAGAGGGGGGGGAGCUCUUUGCCCCCUGCCAUUGCCCGCGCCUGCUGCACCCUGAGUGCCUGGCGCGCUGGCAGCUGCGGCGCCUGUCCCAGCAGGAAGGCACGCACUGCCGCUUCUGCAGUGCCAAGCUGCCCGCCUGGACGAGAGCGGCGCCACCCGAGGAGGGUGCCUCGUUGGCGAUUGUGAGCAUCCACGUGGCGGGCAAGGUGCACCAGGUGAGCCUGCCACCAGGCGCGGAGGGCGCCGCCGCGUUCAAGCAGCAGGUGGAGGCCAUCACAGGGGCACCCUUCAGCGAUGAGAUGUGCCUGGUGUCCUUCGUCUGCCGCGAUCCCUUCGACCCCAAGUCGACCAUCACCCUAGAGGGCAUCAACCAGUUUGACCACGCCAUGCACUGCGCCCUCAUCUCUGCCCGUGGUCGCGCUGAGGUGGCGGGAGGCAGCGGUGCAGAUGCAGGCAGCUUGGCUAGGGGUUGCGCGGCCGAGGGUUGGGGGCAGCCGCCCGCAGCGGGAGCCUUUGGAGGGCUGAUCAUUGAGGGGUCGGCUGGGUCCAGCAGCGAAGGAGCGGGAAUUGAGGGCAGCGACAUGUACACAGUGGAUGAGGGGGAGGGCGAUGAUGCGGGGGAAAGCCGGGAGUUUGAGGUGCGGGCGGGCGCGCAAAGCCGGGCCAACGGCCGCCACCGGCCGCUGCGCGCGCUGUGGGCGCACGGGCGGCGGUGCCUGCAGGCGUGGGCGCACCACAGCAGCGCUGCAGCGGGCACACUGCGGCCACAGCAGCGGCGCGCCCCAUUCGGUGCCACCCGCGUGCGCGCCGCGCUUUGGACGCCGCCUGGCUCUGACGAGGAGCAGCCGCAGCAGCAGGAGCAGCCGAGGGGCCUGGACCGCCCGUGGGUGGUGCGAGCCGAGCAGCAGACCGCGGCGCCGCCGCGCGACCUGAGGGGGGACCCGAUGGGUGUGCUGCUGCGCCAGCGCAUCAUCUUCCUGGGCGGCGAGGUGGAGGACUUUGGGGCGGACUCCCUGGUGAGCCAGCUGCUGAUGCUGGAUCAGCAGGAUCCUGGGAAGGACAUCAAGCUCUUCAUUAACUCGCCAGGCGGCUCUGUCACCGCCGGCAUGGGCAUCUAUGAUGCCAUGCACCUCUGCCGCUCGGACGUCCAG